GUUGGUUCAAAUCGAGAUCUACAGUUUUACGCCACAGCCCUUGGCCUUGACGUCAGAGGGCGAAAUACCGCACCUCUCUCGUCCGACAGCCUCGUGGGGCAUACUUUCCCUCGCUGUAGAAAGCGCUCUCUUGUCUCGCAAAAUUCUCGGACAAUGCUCAAAACUUAAUCUCCGACCCAAGUACAGAAUUUGUCGAAGCCGAAACCAUGUCUCAUCAACCAUCCACCACCGAUAACAUCAAGAGCACCGCCAAUUCGGCGUACAAUUCCGUCGUAAACACAAUUACACCUUCGAACAAUCAAGAAGAUUACGAUCCAAAUCAAGACCCAGCAAAUUUCAAGAAGGAUGCACACGGAAACACGGUCAAGAAAGGCGACUUGAAAGACAAAUUGAACGAGGCUGCAUUGGGUGGACCAAGAGAACCAGAACCAACAUAUGUUGAGAAAGCUCUUUCAAAUAUUCCAGGUGUCAGCAAAUUACAACAAAUGGCAUUCGAUCAGGGCGAACCAGCGAAGCAAGGUCAACCUCCAGGACCUCCAGAAAGACCGGAUCACGAUGUUCAAGUCGAACAGUUCUUGAGGAAACAGUAUCACAGCCAGAGUGGGGACGGCAUGCCGGAUCCGGACGCGAAGGAUUGAUGUCUUGAGUUUAUGGAAGGGGUCCUGGACAUUAGGGGUCAAUAUUCAAUACUUAUAGAGUCCAUGGACUCAGCGGGCAGCCUAUGUCGGAAUAAGAGAGAUUCAUGAGAGGAAUAUCGGUCCUGGCCGGAAAAGUUGUACACAUGUUCACGGGACAAUCCCCCUCAGCAUACGUAAUAGGCCUGUUUCAUCUCGUCAAACCAAGCGUGUUCAGGAGACUGCACUUCAAGUUUUAUCACAGAGACGAGACUAGAGAAGAGAACUGCUUUAGCAGCACCACUACAAAUGAAACAUCAGACCCUGCUGGAGAUGGUGGG